UCCAAGUUUGGAGCUUUUAGCUGCCAGCCCUGGCCCAUCAUGUAGCUGCAGCACAGCCUUCCCUAACGUUGCAACUAGGGGAAAAAUCACUUUCCAGACUGUUUUGCAAGGUGUGCAAUUCCAUCUUGACUCCCUGAAAGUCCAUCUGCUGCAUCGGUCAAGAGAAACUCUACUUGCAUGAAGAUUGCACGCCUGCAGCUUGCAUCUUUGUUGCAAAACUAGCUACAGAAGAGAAGCAAGGCAAAGUCUUUUGUGCUCCCCUCCCCCAUCAAAGGAAAGGGGAAAAUGUCUCAGUCGAAAGGCAAGAAGCGAAAUCCCGGCCUUAAGAUUCCAAAAGAAGCAUUUGAACAACCUCAGACCAGUUCCACGCCACCUCGAGAUUUAGACUCCAAGGCUUGCAUUUCUAUUGGAAAUCAGAACUUUGAGGUGAAGGCAGAUGACCUGGAGCCUAUAGUGGAGCUGGGCCGAGGUGCGUACGGGGUGGUGGAGAAGAUGCGACACGUGCCCAGCGGGCAGAUCAUGGCGGUGAAGCGGAUCCGGGCCACAGUUAACAGUCAGGAGCAGAAACGGCUACUGAUGGAUCUGGACGUUUCCAUGAGGACAGUGGACUGUCCAUUUACCGUCACCUUCUAUGGUGCGCUCUUCCGGGAGGGUGAUGUGUGGAUAUGCAUGGAGCUCAUGGAUACGUCACUAGAUAAAUUCUACAAACAAGUUAUUGAUAAAGGCCAAACAAUUCCAGAGGAUAUCUUAGGGAAGAUAGCAGUUUCUAUUGUAAAAGCAUUAGAACAUCUACACAGUAAGCUCUCUGUUAUCCAUCGAGAUGUCAAGCCUUCUAAUGUGCUCAUUAAUACCCUGGGCCAAGUGAAGAUGUGUGACUUUGGAAUCAGUGGCUACCUGGUGGACUCUGUUGCUAAAACGAUUGAUGCGGGUUGCAAACCAUACAUGGCUCCUGAACGAAUAAACCCGGAGCUCAACCAGAAGGGGUACAGUGUGAAGUCUGACAUUUGGAGUCUGGGCAUCACCAUGAUUGAGCUGGCCAUCCUUCGGUUUCCCUAUGAUUCUUGGGGAACUCCCUUCCAGCAGCUAAAGCAAGUGGUAGAAGAGCCGUCGCCACAGCUCCCAGCAGACAAGUUCUCCGCAGAGUUUGUUGACUUUACCUCACAGUGCUUGAAGAAAAAUUCCAAAGAACGGCCCACGUAUCCAGAGCUUAUGCAACAUCCAUUUUUCACCCUACACGAAUCCAAAGCAACCGAUGUGGCAUCUUUUGUAAAACUGAUACUUGGGGACUAAAAAGCCAUGGACUUACUGGUUGACCCUACUGUGGAUUGGUGGGUUUACAGGGUGAAGUGAGUUCAUUACAACACCAACAGGAAAAGUCAUCUUGAGAUCAUUGAACCCUGCCUUCUUGAGGGUUCUUUCUCCCUAUUUUUUCUUUUUCCUCUCCAAAGGGGGCCAUGGAAUCUCUAGUAUAGAAUGAACUCUCUAGAUGGAUGAAAUAUGAUAAAGGCUUAGGACUUGAAAAGGUGAUUAAAUAUUUAAUGACGAGUCAUAUGAGUCCUCAAGCUUCUCAGAUUUCUCGUGUUCUUUACAAAAUGAAUGCAUUGGCCCUGGUAACAAGGUGCUACAGUAGUGAUGAAAUUGUAAAGUAGAUUUGUAGUGUAUCCCACUUAUUAUUUUAAUAUUUAUGUUUCAGUGCUUGGUUGGAAAUAUUCCAUUUUAUGCAAGAAAGGGAGAUAGAGAGGCAAGGCUGACUUGGCAGUAUUUAUAGGGCUUUUAUUUUGUAAGUUCAAUCAUGUCUGUGGUCCAGAGGAAGUUAUUUAAUAUGCAUCUGUAAGAAUAUUAUAAAAAUCUCAAACAAAGGGGCUCUUCCUGUGCAGUGUGGCUUGCAGCUGUCAUGGCUGCUGCUCCCAAACUUCAACUCAAUCCUGGGUAACCACCGCAACUUUUGAAUGAAUUGUCAAAGUAUCUUGAUCAUAUCCCAACCCCCAACUUUGGAAAAUAUGGAAGUCACUUGUAUCAUGGCUCAAAGAGUAAAAACCAAUGGGUCUCUUCAAAUUUGUGGUAUAGUUUUAGUGAAAAAAUGAAACUAAUGGAAAGUGGUGUGCUCUUUAUAUUUACUUAUCUUUCUCUGUGUAUGCAUUUGUGUAUGUAUGUGUUUGUGUAAGUAUGUGUGUAUGUGUGUGUGUGUGUGUGUGUGUGUGUGUGUGUUCCUUUGUUAAACCAAGUCCUACUAAGUGGCUUCUAGAAACACCUAUAUUAGAAGGAUACCUGUCAGUCAUGAGAUGCGAUAUGAAAACUCACAGAGAGAAGUGAAGCGUCUUGCUCUUGAUUCUCCUCAGUGGAUGUGCCCCAAGGCCUGCCUUUGUAAUUUGUGAAUUAUCCUGCUUUGCUUGUUUGUUUUCAUGUUCCAUAAAAAAGCCUUAUUAUUAGAAGGGCUGUGAUAGGAGACGCUAAAAGGCAGCAGUCUUUCAGUGAAAUGAAAAUGUAAUGUGGAAUACUGCCUCGGCACAGACUGCCAAGCUGUCAUAGGCUCAGGCCAUGUCAGGUGUUUCUAUGACAUCAUGGAGUGGCUUGUUCCACUUUCAAGUUCUAGCAGACUGACUAAACAACCAGGUGUUUUCUUGUGAUUAAAGACACCAUGGGUUCUCUAGUUUAAGCUUCUGUGGUCCUCUAGGAUUAAGAAGUUUUAUGAGUGGCAGGGAAAAGAUAAUCUUUUGCUAAAUAGUGAGGAACCAUUACUUUGGGACACAGUAUUAAUUCAAGGUUACUAUUAGAAUAUGAAGACAACAUGUUGAUAAAAAGGGAAGAAAGGAAAAUAUACUUUCUCCCCUUCCCUGACCUCUUGGAAUUCUCCUUUCCUUCCCUCCAGAUUUUGAAGCAUAAACAGUCCAGUUUUCACUGUAUUAUUUGCAUCUUCAAGACUCUUGCACAGGACGCUUGCUUAGAGUGUGUCCGACACUUCCGUAUCUCUUCUAGCUGCUGUUGUAAGGGACAUCCAUUGGCAGAGCUGUGGAGAUGGCUGCCAGUAAAGCACUUGCCUCUCAAUUAAGGACCUGCGUUCAGAUUCCCCAAACCCACAGAAGCUGGGCAUUGAGCACAGGCCUGUAAUCCCAGAGAUGGUGAGAUUGGAGGUGGAGACAGGCACCUGGAAGCCUGUGACUCGGUUAGCCUGGCCUAUGUGCUGAGAUUCUAGGCCAGGGAGAGACUUUGUCUCCAACAAAAGGUAGAAUGCACCUGAUAAAAGGUAGAAUGAUAACUGAAUUUGCUCUCUGACCUUCACAAGUGUGUUGUAUAUGGGCACACUCUCUCCGUCCCGCCAAACACACACCACUUACCAUAUACCGCACACACAUAAACACAAUAUUCCUGUUUGAUUAAGCACAACUCCCUCUGCUCUAAAGACACUUUUUAUUUAUUUCUUGCCAGAAAUGUGGUAUUAUCCUUUUGAUCAUGUCCAUUCAACUUCCCCUCCACCUUUCCCAAUCUAAAAGUUCCUCUUUUUGACAUGGAGGGAGAUCACAUCUGUCUUCCCGCUCUGCUCACUCAUCUCUGAGUACAGAAAGUAAUGGGAAAAAGCCUGGGGCACCUCUUAGGACUUCUAGUGACAGUCAAGUCAGUCAUCUUUCUGGUGUGGAUCAGAUUGGUCUCACUUGAUUUCCUACUUUGAAAUACUUUUAACAAAGAGCACAUUUUACACUUGUGCACCUGUGUGGUCUGGACUGUAAGCCCAGGACAGGAACUUGUCAAACAUGCCAUAGUGGGAAGAGGAACUGGGUCAAGCCUGGUACACUUUGGAGCCACUUAGGAGGCUGCGUGAGUGCCAAAGUCCUGGCCCCAGAGACUUGGAAUAAAUUGGUCCAGGUCGAGCCUGGCAAUUAGUACUUUAAAGAAAGAAAAAAAAAUACCAAUCCCUCAUGAGUUCCUGAUGCACACCAGUCAGGGUUGAGGGUACUGGUAAAAUCAGAAUGAAAUGGCCCCCUGAAAUGGAGAAGAGUGUAUAUAGAUGAAGCCAAAAUGGAUUGUUGGUCCUAGUUCUUGACCAUCUUCUAAGCCUAACAAAAAUUCUCACAUGCCAAAGUUCGCCAACACUUCCUUCUUUAUGGUGCCAUUGGUGGGUUGUCUCAGUAACUUUUUGUGUUUGAUGCUGUAGGCCAAGAUAUUGAAUACUUAGGUGUAUCAAAUAAUUAGGUCCCAACUGCUUCACAGUAGUCCUUUGAACCAUGCCAUUCAGAUGACAGUGUUUGUCCUGGAAACUAAUAAUAUAUUGCCAUGCCUAUGAAUUAUUUCAACUCAAGGCUUAUGGAUGCUGGGCAUAUGCUAUGCUGAAGUUUGCUCAGUCUUUGGCCAGUGACUUUCAAAACUGAGUUCUCAGCCAUUCAGCACCCGCUUCCCUAUAUUGUUUCAUUCUCUAUCUUGUUGAUAGUUUUGGUUUGUCUGCCUCCUUAAUUAUGAAAUUAAAGAUUGGAACCAUUCUUUGCUGUUCAUCAGUGGACACUGCCAGAUGUCAUAGUCUAGAAAUAAGCAGAUGGAGCUGGGGAGAUGGCUCAGGAGGGAAAGGUUCUGUGGGGAAAGCAUGGAGCUUUGGGUUUAGAUCCUGAAUAUUCAUGUGAAAGCCAAGUGUGGUGGUUUGUGCCUGUAACCCUAGUUUGAGGUAGUUGAGGAAGGGGAGAACAACUGGGCAGAUCCUGCAGCCCAUUGGUCAGCCAGUCUAUCUAAAUCUAUUAGCUUUAGGUUCAGGGGAGGAACUUGUCUCACAAAACAAAGUUGGAGAGAGUUUGAAGAAAGAUGCGUCACAUUGACCUGUAGUCUCCACAUACUCACAUACGUGUGCAUCUCCUGACACAUGAACAUACACCCACACCAACAAGUACGGACAACACAUACAAACAUCACAUAUACACAAUAUUUUAAAAAAUUCAAUAGAAACAGUUAGUGGCCUCUGCAUUAGAGGAGAUGGGUACCGAGAUGAUCACUCACCUUGAUUCUCUUAAUUAACUUGAUCUAGUGUCUUAUGUCACCACAAAAGAAGUCAAGAGGGGCUAACAUGUCAUAGUUUAGCCUCAAAAUGUCUUAAUUAGCCCCAGAGUUUCUAUUCAGAGGGGUCACUUUCAAGAGUGUUUAGGAAAAACAUGGUUUUUGUCCUAAAAGUACAAUGAAUAUCUAGUUCUUAAUUUCUAUUAUUUUUUUUUUUGUUGCGGGGGGAGGGUUAUGUUCUCUGACCUUGGAAAUAACAUUUAUGUAUUCACUCAAUUCAUCAAGGUGGAUGUUCUGCAAGUGAGGUGAGUUUCUGUCACACUAAGAUUUUGUCAGAAAGUCUCUGACUUUAAGAGGCUUUUCUGGCUCGAGGAACCCCCUGCUUUUAUGGAGGUAGUGAGUGAAAUGGUACUUGGUCAUGGUCUUUUUUUUUUUUUAAUUUUUCAAAAGGAAUGAGUACUUUUCCAUCAGGCCAUUGAAAGUAGACAUCGGGGUGGAAAAAUGCCAGAGUAAAUCUCUGAAGAAAUGGCUACCAGAUGAAUGGACACGACAUUUCAUCCUGGAGAUCCCAUGGUCCUCUUUCCUUGGACUUCUCUUCAUUUAAAACACUGUUGAAUGUACUGUCAGCUAAAGAUAGUCUUUGGUUUUUCUAUGGCCUUAACUGAUUAAAUUAUAAUUCUCUUGGAAAUUUGUUGAAAACUAGAACCUAUUCCCUAGGAAAAUGUAAGUCAUGUAUGAACCAUCAUUUUGCAAGCAUUUCUUUGUUGGGGAGGGAUGGAAGUUUGUAGAUCUCAUAGAUCAAUAGACUGCAAUAGAAUGUAGAUCAAUCAACAUUAUAGAAUGUAGACUGUGUCAUUCUUGAUUAAGUUGGCAAGAUUUCUAUAAAGGCUCACAUGGUAAAUACUUUUGGCUUUCUGUUUCAUGUUUUUUUUUUUUAAUCUUCUUUAGCUCUUCUGUUGAAAUCCAAAACAAUGCCUAAAUGGCUGUGUUGCAAUAAAAACUUAUAAAACCAAGCACGAAUUGUAUUUAGCUUACAAGGCCAUGGCUUGUCUUAGACCAUCAAACACAAAAUUCUAAUUGAUAAACUAUAUGAAUAGAGUUUUCAACUCCAUAUUUGGCUUAGUUGUGAGGCCUACUAGGAAGAUGCAUAUAGGAAAAUAAAAUCAGAAAUAAUGGGAAGUGUUUAGUUGCAUGAAUGUCUCCUGUUCAUUUCUCCAGGUAAGUAUUUAUUACUCCAGAGGCGAUGGAACAGUUUUAUCUCGGUUAAAUGAUAUCCUUUUCAUUAGACUCAUGCUGUAAUUGACAUCAUGACUGAGUUUAGUUUGGAAGAGGCACAUUCUUAGAUGUCAACUGUGUCCUUGAGUCUUAGCUUCUUUGCGUUUGCUUUUUCUUUGUAGUGGAAUGUGCAUGCAAGGAGAGUAGCAAACCCAAACACCAACUGUUGUGUUUCUUUCUUCCCAGAACCACAGUGGACUGUGAGACUAGACUUGGCAUUACAAGUAGAAGGCAGAUAGGAGUCUUUUAUUUUACUUUUAAUUUAACUCCUCUCUCUGUCUCUCUGUCUCUGUCUCUGUCUCUGUCUGUCUCUGUCUCUGUCUCUCUCUCUCUCUGUCUCUGUCUCUCUCUCUGUCUCUCUGUCUCUCUCUCUCUCUCUCUCUCUCUCUCUCUCUCUCUCUCUCUCUCUCUCUCUCUCUCGGUGUCUGUGUGUACAUGUACAUGUGGACUGGAUCCCCUGGAGCUGGAGUUACAGGAAGAUAUAAGUUGUUUGAUGUGGGUGCUGGGAACUAAACUCAGGCCUCUUGGAGAUCAGUGAGUGCUCUUAAUCACUAAGCCAUCUGUCUAUCCUAUUUUAUUUUAUUUUUUUGGUGCUUUUGAAAUAGGAUCUCAUGUAUUCCAGACUGACCUCAAACUUGUUAUAUAGUUGAGGAUGACCUUGAACUUACAACCCUAUUGCCUCCAUCUCCCAAGUGCUGGGAUUAUAGGUGUGCACCACCACACCUGGCUUUACGUGGUGCUGAGAAGUGAACCCAGGGUUUUCAUGCAUUUUAGACAAUCACUCUAUCUGGGCUAUAUCUCCAGUCCCACUGUUACCCACUUGACUACAUCUCUAGUCUGACAUCUUCAGAAACGUGUCCACCUCAUCCAUUGACUUGUUUGCUUGUUUGUCCACUGUCCCCAAAGUAAUUUGGAGUAGUUUAGGGUCAAUAGUUCUGUUCUCUGGUGAUCUUUAUAGGGCUCCUGUUUGCAUCAUGAUUAGACUCAUGCUGUCCGAUUUGAGAUCUGCCUCUGAACUUGGGCAGGGCACUCUUCUUAUUUACCCAUUAAUACAUUACUGAUUCAAGGGACCUGGACACAAUGCCACCUUUAUGAUGUGAUUUCUCCUGGGUUUCCACCCCUCAUGAAUUUCUGAACCUCAGAGCCUGCUGGGUCAGUGUGCACCCAGAAAGUCAUGUCAUCAUCUGCCUCUGUCAGUAUUUGUACCCUUGGCUCUAAGAUGACUGUUGUGAGGAACCUCUGCUUUUUCCUUUAUCUCCUUCCAGAAUGGAACACGUUUUAAAGCUAUUAGUAUCUUUAUUGUCUACACAGUAUCUACAUCAUCUAUUACCUUUAUAACAAAUCACACUUAGAAAGACAUGCAGAGACUCCUUCUGAGGGCAUAUUGAAACGUUUGGUCAGAUAGUCUACCUAAAAGAAUGUUUUUGUUUCAUCAGGGGAAAAUGAAUUCUAGAACCUUCAAAGCACAGCUAUUUUCCCAUGGGAAGUAUCUCAGCACCAAAUGCAGAGACAACCUUUUCCUGAGGCUUUGCUAUUGACAGCUAUGGAAAUCCAAUCUUCCCAUGGCAGGUCUUUUGGAGACAGGGCAUGAUUUGGGCGUUAUCUUUGUAAUUCCCAACCCAAACUUCACUUUUUGGGUAGAAGUCUCACAGAAACGUCUUUCUACUAAAAAUGAGGAGGAGUCUAAUUUAAUAAGAGACAGAAGCCAAGUUCAAGGGCUUUGUAGUAGGGACUUUUUGUUUUGUUUGCACUUUAAUGCAAAUGUGCUAAUAGAACUUACAUGUAUUGAGGGACUGGAGAGAUGGCUGAAUGGUAAGAGAACUUCGGGUCCCCAGGACUCAUGUAGUGGCUCACAACUUUCUCUAACUCUAGUUCCAGGGGAUCUGAUGCUCUCUUCUGGACUCCUCAGGCACCUGCCUGCCUGUGCUGCUUAUAACCCAUAGACAUAUAUACACAUACACAUUAAAAAAAAAACACACAAAGCAAAACAGCCAAAUCUUUAAAAUAGUUUAUGUGUAUUUAGUCUACUCUUGAGAUUCUGAGAAAUUUGUGACCAUGGGUUUCUUCAUCUGAAUUUAGCAAUUGAGCCCCCUUUUCUUGGGAGUUUAUAGUUAGAAUUUUGGAGAUCUGCACUGAAUUUCUUUCUGACACUGUCAGUAUAGGCAGACUUCUGUGAGGAGUAAUCUUGACAUGCUUCAUGCCUCCCCAUAGGUUAUAAUUGUGCUUUUCUGAGGCUCAGGGUCUCGUUCUAGAAAUGGAAUUUUGUGGGAUGGAGAGCAAGGACAGGCGUGUGUACUAACUUGUUCCUGAACGUGUGAAACACUCUCCUGUGUAAUCUGUAGACUGAGCUUAGACCAGGUCACCAACCAUUUUAGUGUGUCUUUUUCAUUUCUUGUUGCUCUCCCUUUGUAGAUGACCUAGGUUGGCUUGUGUGGGUGCUUUCAAACAGUAAAAGUCAGUAACAGUUAUGAAACAAUGAGCCUCAUCAUUCUAACUUCUUAAAAAUAUCCCAGAGAACUUUCAGCCAGCUUACUAAGUAGCAGGUGUGCUUGUGGCAUUUUGAAGCAUGCUGUGUUUGUGCUGAACCUCACUUCUGCUCCCUCCUCUUCCCCUAGCUCAGUGUUCCCCAUGCUUGAUAAUCCCUUCUCCCACCAGUAUUUCACCUUCUACUUUCAUAUUCUUUGUUUUCUAUUACUAUGUCUGCCCUUCUUCCUUAAACCCCCCUGUUUUUCUCUCUCACGUGCCCAUCACUAGUUUCCUGACAUCUGCACACACCCACUCCCUCAUUAAUACACACAUGUACAGAUAGAUGCUAUGAUGCACAUGUGAGAGAGGACAUGAGGGGUUUCUCUUUCUGUGCCUGGUUUGCCUCGCUUGAUAUAUUUCAGUCAUCCAUCUUUCUAUAAAUUUCAUUUUUCAUUAUGGCGGACUCAGAUUCCAUUUGUAUACAUACCAAAUUUCAUGAUCAGUUCAUCAGUUGGUGGAUAUCUAGGCUGAUUCCAUAGCCUUACUAUUGUGGGUACAGCAGCAGCAAUACACAUGGAUGUGCAAGAACCUCUGUAGAAGGACAAAGAGUCCUUUGCUAACUCUCUUUCCUUUGGUAACCUCCAUUUGGAUUUUUAAAAAGGAGCAACUGGAUUGGGCAUUCAGUUUCCUUAAGUAAUAUUUAACCAAUACCCUUCCUUCCAUCCUGCGGACUUCAUGGGAGAUACACUUUAUUUGGAAAUAUGAUUAUUUCUUUUCCUUUGUUACACACCAAUUUUAUUUGCCAACCAUGUAUAUUCUAAAGGAAGCUCUCAAGCCAAAGCAAAUAUGACUUGAUGCAAGAAUAAAGUUUGUCUGGAUAACUGUUUUGUGGUACUCAAAAUGUCCUGAAAGAAGAUAACAGAGGGAUGUCCACCCAUCCUUCAGAACUCCUAAUUCUAGCCCUUACAGUUAGUGUGGGGGAGAGUUUAGAGUAGGAGAAGCAUGCUGUUGUGGGUCUGCUUCAUCUUUCCUGCCACAUGCACCAUGCUGGUGCUGACCAUCCUGGGCUAAAACCAUCUUUUUUUUUCUUUAAAAUGAGGCAAACUGAGCUGCAGGAUGUAGAAUUUAUUAAGAGUUUUGUUCAGGAAGGACCAUGCAGAACAUUUCCCUGCCUUUGAGUUAAAUGUUACAUUUAAGUUCUGACCCUGCAAUCUCACUUACAGACGUGAAGGAGCUGGGGGUAUAGACUUUACCUUGAAUUUUCCUGUAUGGAAACAAGUGAAGCUGAUUUUUUUUUUUCCAUACCAGAAACACCCCGCAUCACUUUAUGGUGAAAGGAAAGUUAGAAAUAUCCAUUGAUAACUUCUGUCAAGCGCUGGGAUUGUAUUUCACAAACACCCAUUUUGUCGGACAGCCCACUAGUCUAUCUUUGCCUCUUGUCUGAGGUGGCCCAGUAUGUUCUUAUGUUAGCUUAGCUUUCUUGUCAGCCACGUUGUAGGUGGUGGGUCUUCUUUUUUUCUGUUUUGUUUUUGUUUUUUAAUUUAACAGCUUGUUAUAACUGGUAACAUUACCUCAGAAAUCCUAAAAUUAAGGCAAUAAAUAACUCACGUGCAGGGUUUGAGGUAGAUAUAAACAUUGUAGUUGAUUUAUAAUAGCUGUAAUAACGGUUCCAGGAGUAUACCUAGCUAAAGGAUGAUGUGGCCUUAAAUAAGUCAUGUGUGUUUGUAACAUUUGGAAUAGCUGAAUCGCCUGGGUCCCUUUCUGGAGAAAUCCAUCUUUCCCUGCAAGUACCAUUGAUGAGGGCUGUAUAAUAGCUGGGUCACUGGCCUCUGUCAGUCAUGAAGCCAAUAAUAUACUAAUUUGCCAAAGGUGGGGUAGUUUUGUUUUAUACUUAUGUACAGGUCAUGGUAUGAUGGAGUUCCUAUCACCAGAUCUUGAAAAAUGUGCAGCAUUGUUUUUCUCUUUAUUUCUCAUCCAAGAGCAUAUUAAUAUAUGUUUUUGAUAUGCUAUGAAGUAUGUUUUUGAAUCCAUGCAUUUGACCAAGACAAUGGCAGAGAUGUUAGGCCAGCAGUUGUUAUGUGGCUCUCCAGGCUCCCUUCUUACCACCUCAAAAGGAAAAUGAAACUGAGAGAUUAAGUCAAACUUGAAUUUCUGUGUUGAAGAGGAGCGUCCACUCUGACUUCCCAUCUCAGGAUGUUCUUCAGUUCCACACUGGUGCCAAGGAGGAAGGUUUGAGCUGCUGACACUGUAACUUUUCUCUGGAUGUGUGUGUGUGUGUGUGUGUGUGUGUGUGUGUGUGUGUGUGUGUGUGUGUUCACACUGCACGUGUUGUGUUCAAUGUCUCAUCAACCUGUGAACUGAUUCAAACAGUGGAGAAGACAGCGAUAAAAGCAAAAAACAAACACCUAACCACUUCAAUUCUAUCAAAGUGCUAACCAUGCUUCCAUAGCUGGAUCAAAUAAUGUAAGCAUUCAGGAGUGAUGUUCUUGAGUGAAAUGGUGUGUUAUCUCAUAAGAAAUUGUACAAUUAAUAAAAGACAUUAAAAAGUGCA